UCUAGAGAGGCAGAGCGCGUAGACUUGGAGACGCUUUGGUCCAGAGAGGGAGAGAACAGUUCAGCUGAACAGAGCACAGGAGUUGUAUCCCAACUUUACUGCUGCAGGUCAUUUAAACAAAGAGACCUUGUUCUCCAGGAACCUGAGGGCAAUCGUGCAAGUGAGCAUAAAUAAACACACAGUCUCAUACAAGCACAAUGCAGGAGUCAGAGCCCACAGUCUGUCAGCUGCAGCCCAACAUCAUCUCAGUUCGCCUUUUUAAGAGGAAAGUUGGUGGCUUGGGCUUCCUGGUAAAGCAGAGAGUGUCCAAGCCACCUGUCAUCGUGUCAGACUUGAUUCGCGGCGGAGCUGCAGAAGAGUGCGGCCUGGUGCAGGUGGGUGACAUCGUGCUGGCUGUCAACAACAAGCCACUGGUGGACCUCUCUUAUGAGCGAGCUUUGGAGACUUUGAAAAAUGUGUCCCCUGAGAGCCAUGCUGUGCUUAUCCUCCGUGGGCCUGAAGGCUUCACCACCCACUUGGAAACCACCUUGACCAGAGAUGGCCGUCAGCGUACGGUGAGGAUCACCAGACCAACCUUCCCACCCUCCAAGUCUUUUGAUCAGUGGUCCCCUCUCAGUGCAUACAGUCCUGGGCAGCAACUCAACAAAGACCCCCAGCUGAGGGCCAUUGAGAACCUGUCCUCUCCUUCCAUCACCCAGACUCUCUUGCAGAGAGGAGGCGUGCCGGGCCAGGAUGGAGGCCGUGGGGCUCUCCUAUGCAAUGGGUUGGAAGAAAACAACGACCUUCUAAAGGAGAUUGAACCUGUGUUGCACCUCAUCAAAAACAGCAAAAAAGAGAUUAACGGAGAAGGCCAGCGGAAUGCAGGGAGAAGAGAUGCAGAGAUUCAAGUGGCAUGGGAUCUCGGGGUGGGAAAUGAGAAAUUCACGCAGCUGGUCUCAGAUAACGACAGGGUGAUGGAAAACAUGCCAGUGGCAGACCACAAUGCUGAUAUUGACAAGUCUACAGCCCAGGGCAGGACCUCACCCAUUAAGUCUGUGCAAAAUGGCAGCCCCUCCAAAUGCCCUCGCUUCAUAAAGAUCAAGAACUGGGAGACGGGCACCAUUUAUAAUGAUGUCCUCCACCACGGUUGCAGUAAGAUGCCAAUCUGUAGUGAAAAUGUCUGCAUCGGUUCUGUGAUGGUGCCAAACCAGCACGCACGCAAACCAGACGAAGUUCGAACCAAAGAGGAGCUUCUUCCCUUGGCUGCUGACUUUAUUGACCAAUACUACACAUCUAUUAAAAGGUAUGGCUCCAAGGCCCAUGUAGACAGGUGGGAGGAGGUGACAAAAGAGAUUGAAGCUUCAGGAACUUAUCAACUGAAAGACACUGAGCUGAUUUAUGGAGCCAAACAUGCCUGGAGGAAUGCUGCCCGGUGUGUGGGACGGAUUCAGUGGUCCAAACUACAGGUUUUUGAUGCCAGAGACUGCACAACAGCCCAUGGAAUGUAUAACUACAUUUGCAACCAUAUCAAGUAUGCCACCAACAAAGGCAACCUUAGGUCUGCUAUUACCAUAUUUCCACAGAGGAUUGAUGGUAAACACGAUUUCCGUGUGUGGAACAGUCAGUUGAUUCGAUAUGCGGGCUACAAACAGCCUGACGGAAGUAUUCUGGGAGACCCUGCUAAUGUGGAAUUCACAGAGAUCUGCAUCCAGCUUGGGUGGAAAGCACCGAAGGGUCGAUUUGACGUCCUUCCCCUUCUGCUGCAAGCCAAUGGAAACGACCCAGAGCUUUUUGAGAUCCCUGAAGACCUCAUAUUGGAGGUGCCUAUCAUCCAUCCAAAGUUUGAUUGGUUCAAGGACUUGGAGUUGAAGUGGUAUGGCCUCCCAGCAGUUGCAAACAUGCUGCUGGAGAUUGGUGGUCUUGAGUUCACAGGAUGCCCCUUCAGUGGCUGGUACAUGGGCACAGAGAUCGGCGUGAGGGACUUUUGUGACAGCUCACGCUACAACAUUCUGGAGGAGGUUGCCAACAAGAUGGGCUUAGACACUAGGAAGACUUCUUCCCUCUGGAAAGACCAGGCACUUGUGGAGAUUAAUAUUGCUGUUCUCUACAGCUUUCAGACCUGCAAAGUGACCAUUGUAGACCAUCACUCAGCCACAGAGUCCUUCAUGAAGCACAUGGAGAACGAGUAUCGUGUGAGAGGAGGCUGCCCUGGAGACUGGGUGUGGAUCGUGCCUCCAAUGUCAGGAAGCAUUACUCCAGUUUUUCACCAAGAAAUGCUCAACUAUCGUCUUACACCUUCUUUUGAGUACCAGCCUGAUCCUUGGAACACCCAUGUGUGGAAAGGAGUCAACGGGACACCCACAAAGAAAAGAGCCAUUGGAUUUAAGAAGCUUGCCAAGGCUGUGAAAUUUUCAGCAAAGUUAAUGGGGCAAGCCAUGGCCAAGAGGGUUAAAGCCACCAUACUGUUUGCCACUGAAACGGGAAAAUCGCAAGACUACGCUAAAACUCUCUGUGAAAUUUUCAAGCACGCCUUUGAUGCCAAGGUCAUGUCCAUGGAUGAAUACGAUGUGGUGGACUUGGAGCAUGAGACACUUGUUUUAGUUGUAACCAGUACAUUUGGCAACGGGGAUCCACCUGAAAAUGGAGAGAAAUUCGGAGCUGCCUUAAUGGAAAUGCGCCACCCCACCUCCAACACAGAGGACAGAAAGAGUUACAAGGUUCGAUUCAACAGUGUGUCCUCUUAUUCAGAUACACGGAAGUCCUCCAGUGAUGAACCAGAGGUCAAGAUCAAUUUUGAGAGCACAGGACCGCUUGCUAAUGUCAGGUUUUCAGUGUUUGGCCUUGGCUCCCGGGCCUACCCACACUUCUGCGCCUUUGCCCACGCUGUGGACACGCUGUUUGAAGAGCUGGGGGGGGAGCGCAUCCUACGCAUGGGAGAGGGAGAUGAGCUGUGUGGCCAGGAGGAAUCAUUCAGAACAUGGGCCAAAAAAGUUUUUAAGGCUGCCUGCGAUGUGUUCUGUGUUGGUGAUGACGUGAACAUUGAGAAGGCCAACGACUCCUUGAUCAGCAAUGACCGUAGCUGGAAAAAGAGCAAGUUUCGCCUAACCUACACAGCUGAGGCCCCUGUGGUGACAGAAGCAUUACACAGUGUUCACAAGAAGAAAGUAUAUGGAGCAAAGAUGAUUGAAGCUCAAAACCUUCAGAGUUCAAAAUCAAAUCGCUCCACUAUAUUAGUUCGGCUCGACACAAACAACCAUGAUGGUCUGUGCUACAAGCCUGGUGACCAUCUGGGCAUCUACCCUGGCAACCAUGAGGAGCUGGUAACAGCGCUCAUAGAAAAACUGGAGGAUGCUCCGCCUGUCAAUCAAAUCGUCAAAGUAACCAACUUUAUAAUUCUUUGUGUUUUUUUGGCAGGCGUCAUAAGUAAUUGGACAAAUGAGACUCGUAUUCCUCCCUGCACCAUCUUCCAAGCUUUUCAGUGCUUUCUGGACAUUACUACUCCACCGACCCCUGUGCUGCUCCAGCAGUUUGCUGCUCUGGCAACCAAUGACAAACAGAAAAGAAAACUAGAAAUCCUCAGUAAGGGUUUGCAGGAAUAUGAGGAAUGGAAGUGGUACAACAACCCUACACUAGUGGAGGUGCUGGAGGAGUUCCCUUCCAUCCAGAUGCCCUCAACUCUGCUGCUCACUCAGCUUCCUCUGCUGCAACCCCGCUAUUACUCCAUCAGCUCCUCUCCUGACCUGUAUCCAGGAGAGAUUCACCUCACAGUGGCUGUGGUCUCUUAUCGUACCAGAGGUGGGCAAGGACCUCUCCAUCAUGGAGUAUGUUCAUCAUGGCUGAACAGGAUAGAGAAAGGAGAGAUGGUGCCAUGUUUUGUCCGAAGCGCACCAUCAUUCCAACUUCCCAAAGACAACAAAGCACCUUGUAUCCUUGUGGGCCCGGGAACAGGCAUUGCACCAUUCAGAAGCUUUUGGCAGCAGAGACAGUAUGACCUUGAGCAAAACGGGAUUAAGUCGUGCCCCAUGAUCCUGGUGUUUGGUUGCCGACAGUCUGAGAUUGAUCACAUCUACAAAGAAGAGACUCUCCAGGCCAAGAACAGAGAAGUGUUCAAAGAGCUUUAUGCUGCUUAUUCCAGAGAGCCUGGCAAACCAAAGAAAUAUGUACAAGAUGUAUUACGCGAGCAUCUGUCAGAAACUGUUUACCAGUGCCUGAGAAAGGAAGGUGGGCACAUCUACGUGUGUGGAGAUGUAACGAUGGCUGGAGACGUUCUGAAGACCGUCCAGCAAAUCAUCAAACAUGAGGGUCAAAUGAGCAUAGAAGAUGCUGGUUUCUACAUCAGCAAGCUUCGGGAUGAGAACCGGUACCACGAAGACAUCUUUGGUGUCACUCUGCGCACCUAUGAGGUCACAAAUCGGCUUCGGUCAGAGUCCAUCGCCUUCAUUGAGGAGAACAAAAAGGACUCAGAUGAGGUUUUCUGCUCGUAGGCCGACAAAUGGAGGGCCUGUUAAACGCAAACAGCCUAAACGACACUGCAACGCUGAUUAAAGAAUACUGUGCCAAUUUUUGUACUGUAAAAAAAAAAGGGGGUUUCUUUCUUUUUUUAUACCACUUAACAGUUCUGUUGGGCUCUGCAACUUUGUGUGUAGCAAGUUGGAAAUGUUUUGUUCUGAUAUUGUUUUUGCUUGUUGACGAUACUUCCAAAAAUGUACAAAUGAACCAUUAUGAUUCAUAAUGUGUGCACUUAGUGUAUUGAACUGCCUCAUUGUGAAUGCAUGACAAAGAAAUUAAUAUAAUCAAGAAAUAUACUGUACUGUGUUAUUGUUGCAGUUUAAAUGCUUUUAUUAAGGUUAUAUAUUUGCAAGAAAAUGCGUAUCAUUGAUUUAAAAAAAAAAAGUUCUGUAUUAAAACUGUCAACUUCACCUGUUGGGAAUGUGUAGGGGCUGGUAAAACUAUUAUAUUUUUGGGGAUUUAUUAUUCACAAAGGCUAAAGUAGAUGAAGCUAAGAUGGCAGAAGAUGUACAGGCAUGCAGAUGGCAAAAAGUAUAUGGAUAAUUUAGAAAUCAAGAUAUCAUGUGGACUAGUCACCAAGUUAUGAAAAAAUAUUUUUUUGGUCUCUGCUUCAAUAGGUAGAAUUUGAUUUACCAAUCAAGUUAUCAGCUCCAGACAAAAUACUAUUUAGUGGAACAUUCAUCCUGUCAGGUUUUCAUGUCUCAGCUGGAGCUUUUAAAACUAAUCAAACAGAAAUCUGCUUAAAAAUCAAAUCCACACGUUUAAAUUUAUUAUAGGGUCUUGAGAUUUUACUGUUGUGUUCAAUAGGGUACAAUGUGUAAAGCUAAUGAUGAGGGAAUAAUUAUCCCAAAGAGUACAGUUUUGAAUCUGAAAUGAAUAAAGUAAUGGAAAAAGUUAAAGGGUAAUUGUUUGAAUAUGUUAAAAUCUAACAGAUUUUUAAUAA